AAUCAGUCAGAAUUCAUUUCUCAAAUGCAGUUUUGAUAUAUCACAGAUUUCACAGAAUACACAAAUAUCAUAAUAAAUAUAUAUUUAUAGAAGAGAGCGGUAUUGAGUUAUUCAUAUUUUAAUGUUGGAUGUAUAAUUUGUUAAGUUUUCAAAUCUCUAACUGAAAACAUCAUUUCCGCAACAUCACCGGUCAGAAAUGGCUCCGGUAUAUAGUAAAAAUGCUAUACUUGAAGGAUGUGUUUCUUCUGAUUUCUUUUGUUUGGUCUGUGAGAUAUAUUUUACAAGCGCAGUCAAUUGCGAUAAACAUAUAUCUGGAGCAAAUCAUAAAGAAAAGAUGAAUUCUAUCAAAUAUGUUGAAAAAUUUGAAGAGGAUGGCAUAAAAAAGAUAAGGAAUAAGUAUUUCUGUGAAUUGUGUAACCAAUUAAUUUCUGUAUUUGCAAGAGUUAAGAUGCACGUAAAUGAACCAUCUCAUAUUAAGAAAAAGCAUAUUGGGUGGCUUAAAAGAAUUGAUAAUGUUGUUGUUGCAUUUGACAGUAUAAUGAUAGAUGAUACAUCAUGGCAAGGGCUCUGCGACAAUUCAUGCACUAUAUGCAAUAUGGAAUAUGAUGAUGAGGUUACACAUAAAAAUUCACCUACCCACAUGCUUAAUUUAAUUCAAUCAAAAGUAGAAUUUGAUAAAAAUAAAAACCUUUAUAGAAAGGUUGAUGAGAGUUCCGUCCAAUGUUUGACCUGUAACCUGGUUCAAGCUUUAGAUACUAAUCACUUUGAUUCACCUCAACACACACAAAUGAUCCAAGCCGCUUGUGAUGGCUACAAAGCAAUGACACAGCAAAAAAAUUUAAAUGUAAAUGUUAAUGAAAAUUCAAAAAAAUAUACAUCUACAUAUGUUUAUGAUGAUAAAUCUGAAGAAAAGGUUUGCAAAGUUUUUGGUGCAGAGAAUUAUAUAAGUUAUGAUCAAAAUAAUAUGACAUGGUGUAUUCUUUGUGAUUGGAUAUUGGAUGUUUCUGUGGUUACAAAACACAUUAAUGGAGAACAUCAUCAAACUAUUCUAGACUUGCAUAAAAAACGUUUGACGGCACUUCAAAUGAAAAAUUCAAAUUACAGUUAUUACGAUAAUGAACAACAGAAAAUUAUCGCGCUGGAUUAUGUUAAUAAAUUUCAAGGUAAUGAUAUUAAUAUAAACUUUGAAUCACAAACAGUGGUUUGUAAAAAGUGUUUACAUAAUCUUAAACUUGAUCAUGAUGCCAUAGAGAAACACAUUCUCAGCCACAACAAACAAUUGAUGAGAGAAAAUAAAUCUGUUCACGUAGAAUUUCCAUUUAAAGUUCCAGAAAAAAAAGGGACCUUAGUUGCUAGACCAGUGUUUUUAAAACCUGGAGGUGUGGAACAACCCUUACAAGGAAAUAGUCCUAAAUCAAGUAAGGUACCUAAAGAUUGCAAGGAUACGGCAUCCAGUGGAACUUUUCUAGAUGUUGAAACUCAUUCAAGUCCAAAAAUAAAGAAAACAAAAGAUCCUAUGUCAGAAAGGAUGCCACUCAAAGAUUUCGUUGAAACCAUAGCUGGUGUGAAAAAUGUUAUAUUUAAGGAUAUUGUUAUUAAUAACAAGUUUUGUAUCAAUACCUUAAGUUUUGGCUUCAUAGCAUUCGUUUCAGAAAAGGUAAGAAUGAAGUGUUAUGUAUGUGAUGAAAACAUUUUGUACACAGCAUUUGAAUCACAUAGUGACAGCCCAAAACACGAGAGAGCUAUGAAGGAUUCACUCAUUCUUACACAACAUGAUACGGAAUUUAUUCGAGAGAUGCAAUCUGGAAGCUUCCACUGUGGUUACUGCAAUAUAUUCGAAAAGUCUUGGAAUGAAAUUGAAGAUCACCUGAAAACGUCAUUGCAUAUUGAAUGCAAGAACAACGCAUUUUGGCGCCUCCAACAGUACCAACCAGUAUUUUUACAGAAUAUGAGCCAAAAGACAACUGUAGACUCGUUCUGUACUAAUAUGACCACUGUGAAGUUCCUUUGAUUUUAUAUUUAUGUAUUUUAUGUAAUAUUUCUGCUUUUUUGGCUCCUAAAAUGAUAGCGUUUAAUAAUGACCUAUCAAAAGAUGACCUUGGAUAUGCUAAACUGGACACCGAUCAAUUCAUACAUAUGUAUAUGUAUAUCAUGUUAAAAUAAAUGUACAUUUGAAUUAUAGUUAAAUGAGAAAAAAGCAAAAAACAAUAACAAGUUUUAAUGAUGAAAU